AUGGACAAGUGGAAAUUCUUCAUUGUUGCCUUGGCUUUUGUGGCUUGCGCCUAUGCUGAUGUGUCGGAAUUGGGCUACAGCUAUAAUCACCCUGCCCCAGCCCCAGUUACCACUUAUGUGCCACCCGCACCUGUUGCCCCUGCCCCAGCUCCAGUUGCCCCCGUUAACACCUAUAUCCCACCAGCACCUGCCCCAGCUCCAGUUGCUCCCGUCACCACCUAUGUCCCACCAGCACCCGUUGCUCCCGUCCAAGAACCAGUCAACACCUAUAUCCCACCAGUACAAGUUGCACCCCAAGUUAACCCAAUUGAAGAAAUCGAACAAACCCCUGUUGAUGGUUAUCGCUACAAGACUGCCCGUCGUGUUGUCUACAGACACCGUUUUUAA